AUGCCGCACGCCCUCGUCCUUGCGGUGGUCGCGCUGCGGCUCCAGGCGAUCCCGCUUCUCGCGCCGCCCGCCGCCUCCCGUGCCGCCGCUGCGCCAGCUUUGCGGCUGGUUGAGCUGGACGAGUCCAACUUUGCGGCCGAGGUCGGCGCAGUGCCCGGCCUCGCGGUCGUCGAGUUCUACGCGCCCUGGUGCCGCACGUGCCGCAGCGUCGCUCCCGUCUUUGCGCGAGAGGUGCGCCGGAUGGGCGCCGAAGCGCGGUACGAGCGGGUGCGCUUCUUCAAGGUCAACUUCAAGGAGAACCCGCGGCUGGCGAUGCGCGAGCGGGUCUUCGCGCUGCCGGCCGUGCACUUCUACAGCCCGUCGCUCGGCCGGAUAAACCGCUUCACGUUCACGCGGCUCACCGCCGCCAAACGUCUGAGGGAGGAGAUGGAUAGAUACACCGGUCCGCGCGGCCACCUCGAGACGCUCGAGACGCUGCGCAUCACUCCCGGCGCGGUGUCGCCGCUGGUGCGCUUCAGCCUGAUGGCGGGCUUCUUGCGCGCGCUCACCCACCUGGAGGAGUACCUCGCCGAGGGCGACGACGCCAACCGCGCCUACCUGCAGCGGCUGGUCGAGUCGGACCCGCGCCGAGUGGGGGAGCUGAGAGACCUCUUCUCGCUCGUCGACCGGAACGGUGACGGAAGGAUCGACGCGUCCGAGCUCACCGCGGCGCCUGAGGCGGAGCUGCGUCCCGCCUUCGCCGCGCUCGACGUCAACGGCGGCGGCGGCGUCCCGCGCGAGGAGAUGCUGUGA